AUGGAGUACAUGGACUUUUCCCCAUUGCCAGCUCCAGAGAAGUCCUGGGCUCUGGUGACGGGUGCAGCCACAGGACUGGGAAUGAAGUUGGCCCGGGCCUCCGCCCGCGCCGGCUAUGGGCUGAUCCUCACCGAUCAGGCAGCGAGUCUGCCUAGACUGGAGAGCGAUCUCGAGGAUCUCAAAAUCCCUUCGAGCCGAGUCCUGAAAAUGCCAAUGAACUUGGCGGAUCCCUCCGAAGGUGUUGCUCUGCUUCAUAGUCAGAUCAGGGAAGAAGAUUUGGACGUCUGCAUCCUGAUGGUGUGCUCAGAUCAAUACUCCUACACAGGCAACUUUUUGGACCAACGAGUUGACAAUCUGGACAAGAUGUUGGCCUUGAAUGUCGGUGCCACCACCGUCUUGUGCCGACUCUUUGGCGAGGACAUGCAGCGGGCCGGUCGCGGUCGGAUCUUGUUGAUCGGAGCCCCACCGGGCGCGUCCUUGGGCGUUGCGGGCGCCUGUGCCUUCGCCGGUUCCAUGGCCUUCAUCCGGACCUUGUCGAAUGGGCUCCGAAAGGAGUUUGCGGACACCGGUGUGGGCAUCUCCUGCAUGGAAACCUCCACCUUGGGCCGUGAUGGAUCUUUAACUCAAGCCUUGGAGUCGACCUGUGUUGGCUUCUUGGUGAAAGAAGGGUUGCGAGAUGAAGCUGUGGAAGAAUCACCAAGUUCUUCCAGUCCACCUCAAUUGGAGGAAUCUUCUGAGGACAUUGACCAGUCAUGGAAUGAGGAAUACUUGCGGCUCGCACAAGAGGAAAACUUUACUCCAUUGCCAUUUGCAGCGGAGAUCGACCGCUUUCAGCAUGCGCCACUAUCAGAAGCCACUAGUGCCCUUCUGGUAGGCUUUGCAUUGCUGAUCUACGUCUUUGCCCGCUCGCCCGGCGUGUCCGAGGGCACGAGCCGUGUGCUCGAUGCGUGUACCUCGGCAAUCAACGCCAUAUUCACCCUGGACUACUUGGGCCGCUGGUGGUGUCGGGGCCUCCGCUUCAGCUAUCUCUUCAAUCCCAUCAUGAUUGCUGAUUUGCUGAGUAUCUUGCCCUUCUUGCUGCGGCCUUGGGUUCCAGCUGUGGGUGAGUUGGAGCUCACCUUCCUCAAACUGAUCAGGGUGCAACGAAUCUAUCGCUUCUUCCGGCCAAAGGCCUUCAAAAGCUUCCUUCGCAUUCUGCUUGGGCCCGAGGAGGCGCAGAAGUAUGAGAGCGGAGUCCGUGAAGUGCGUCCCUAUCAGCUGCAGGCGUUCGUGGGCGUGGUGAAACAGACAGAGGGGCCGGCCCACGGUGCCCACACCGGUGUCCUGCGCACCUUUGGGGUGGUCUUCACCUUGCUCUUCAUCACGGCCGCGCUAUUCUACGAGGCUGAGCAAGAGGAGAAUGCACAGUUUGGUGACAUUUUCUCUUCCUUCUACUUCAGCACCAUCGCCCUCUCCACGGUCGGCUUUGGGGACAUUGCCCCGCUGACGCCCCAGGGCCGCACAGUGCCUUGGCAGCAGGAAUCGCAAAUGGAGAUCCCCCGGUCGUGUAGAAUAGGGGUAUAG